GAACCUUUUUUUUUUUUGCCAAAAGGGAUCAUCUCAUCCUUCUGAAUUCUAAUCGUGUUCUGCUUCUCUGCUACUGCUGAGAGAUGGCCUACGCUGCAGCUGCUUCCCUGGUACAAACGCUGGAGUAUCUGCUGCAAUUUCCCUGUUUGGUUCUGGAAAUGAAGAAGAUGCAAGCGGAGGUUGUCACACAGAGAUUCCGUCUAGUCUUAUUGCUCCUGAAAGGAGAACCCUCAGCUUCGUCGAGCUCAGGUUUACAGCAAUUAAGCGAAGAACCUGAAACUCUGGCAUCCAGCUUUGAAGGAUUUCUUGGGGCAGUUGGUCUGCAUGCUGACUUCUUGGAGAUCAAGAAAAGAACAGUGUCCUUGAGCUGCGGAAUACCAAAAUUGCAGGAAAAAAAGCCACCAAUUCUGACGGAAAUUGGAUCUUUGGAGCAAGACCUGAAGAAAUUUCUGGAAACCACUGCCCGCGACAUCCGGACAGAUCUAUCCAACUACGUUGUUCAUCAACCUUCUCGUGAAGCAGCAAGAAAAAUGCUUCGGGCCGUGGAUAAGCUCAAACAGGCCAUAAUCUUUUUCUAUGAAGUUGCUUCUGAGAUCACAAUUCUCUACCAGGAUCUUUUCUCCUUGCUGAGUUUUCUUGAUGAUUCUUCUGAUAAAUUCCAGGAUCAUGAAUUGCUGAAAUGCAUCAAAGACGUUGCUUAUAGAGCAAGAGAUCUUGUUGAAGAAUGUAUCUUGGACAAUCAAGUCGAGUCAGUAAAGACGUACCUCAUUUGCACUUUGUCCAAUAGUGAGUCACCAUCUAGAUUCCUACAGCAGGCAGUGGGGAAAAGUUCUCUUGAAACUGUGGUCAAGAGUGCCUUAGAUGGAAAGAAGGGCAUUCGUCGAGGUUUAGUUCAUGCAUUACAGGAUGUUCAAUCUAUCAAGAGAAUGACUACAAAUAUAGAUGAAAAGAGUCUAAGAUUGCAGGGAUCAAGCGUCAGGAAAGCACCACUUAGUUCGAAUAAGGAGGAUAUUGUGGUAGGUCUUGAUGCUGAGCUGACGACUAUCUUGGAGGGGCUCACUGGACUGCCAGGACUAGAAAUAGUGACAAUUUCUGGGAUGGGCGGCAUUGGUAAGACAACUCUUGCUAGAAAAGCUUUUAAUGAUCCUUAUAUUGUUUAUCACUUCUAUUGUCGUGCAUGGAUAACAGUAUCCCAAGUCUAUCAAGUGAGAGAUUUGUUACUAGGCCUUUUGAGCUCCAUUGCACGGUCCACUGAUAAAAUGGUUGAGAAGAGCAAUGCUCAAUUAGCUGAAGUUGUAUACAGAAGUUUGAAAGGUAUGAGGUAUAUGAUUGUUAUGGAUGACAUGUGGAGUAUUGAUGCUUGGAAUGAUGUCAAAAGAUGUUUUCCUGAUGACAAAAAUGGAAGUCGAAUAGUAGUUACAACUCGGUUCAUGGAGUUAGCAACAAAUGUGAGCCCCAAAAAGCCACCUCAUUGCAUGAACCUUCUGAAUACAGAACAAAGCUGGGAACUAUUGGAAAUGCUCAUCUUCGGGACAGCAAGCUGCCCCCAAGAAUUGGUAGGAGUUGGAAAAAAAAUAGCUAAGAGAUGCCGGGGAUUACCUCUAGCUAUUGUUGUUGUUGCUGGUGUUCUCUCACGUGUCAUCAGGGAAUACAAUUAUUGGAAUAAUAUUGCAGAGGAGGUUAGCUCAGUUGUUUCUACUGAUCCAGAAAAUUGCUUAGAUAUACUUGCUUUGAGUUACAAUUACUUGCCCCAUCACCUGAAAGCCUGCUUCCUCUAUAUGGGGAUUUUCCCUGAAGAUUGUGAGAUUGAAGUUUCAAAAUUGAUUAAUUUAUGGGCUGCAGAGGGCUUCUUAUAUUUGGAUUCAGAGAAACAGUUGGAACAGAUUGGAGAGGAUUACUUGGAAGACCUAAUCGCCAGAAACUUAGUUUUGGUUGAAAAGAAGCGCUUUGGGGGGGAAGUCAAAACUUGUCGCCUCCAUGACUUCUUACGGGAAUUGUGCUUGAAAGAAGCUCAAAAGGAGAACUUCAUGCAUGUCAUACAAAGGAGAAGUGCCAAAGGUGUUCAAACAGGCACGCGUAAUCAACGUCGUCUGAGUUUCCAUUUGGAUCCCUACAGUGAUGUGUCUGCAGCACCUGCAAUCCCACAUGUCUCAUCUUUUCUGUGUUUCACACUGGGUGCUAAUAUAGUACCUGAUAUUCUAUUCUUUCAGUUAGGCUUUAAGUUGCUUAGAGUAUUAGACAUAUUCUUUCUGCAUUUCGAUUACUUCCCUGAUCAAAUACUAAAACUGAUACAUUUGAGGUAUCUUGCACUCAAUGUUACUUAUGAGCUUCCUGCCUCAGUUUCCCAACUGAGGAAUCUCCAGACCUUAGUCAUUCAUGGUCCAUGGCUUUGUCGGGAAUCUGGCGGUAGCCCAAUAUUGUUGCUGGAGUAUUGGAGUAUGCCUUCACUGAGGCAUGUGCAUAUUACUGCAGCUUGUCAUCUAAAGAAUCCUUUCACUGUACAAGAUAACCUUCCUCGUCCAUUUGCUUCAGAACACCUGCAAACUCUCUAUACAAUACAAUUUUCAAGUUGCACAAAGGAAUUUUUCAGUGUCAUGCCCCAUCUUAAGAAACUGGGAAUUUGUGAAACUAAAGAAGACUACAGCACAGACAGUUUGUCACAAGUCCUAAAUAAUCUUGUUUGCUUGCAAGAACUUGAAACCCUGGAGUGUUCCUUCCACACACAAAAUAGAGAAGUGCGAAAGAAUUUGGGCUUGGCUGCUUUGCCAGUGACUCUUAAGCAUUUGAGUUUGAGUUGGAGUUACUUACCAUGGGAAGAUAUGACCUUUAUUGCCAUGUUGCCCAACCUUGAGGUGCUUAAACUCAAAAAUUAUGCUUUCCAAGGGCCAAAAUGGGAGCCAACUGAAGAAGGUUUUCAUAGUCUAAAGCAUUUGCUAAUUGAAAACACUGAUUUGAUCCAUUGGGAAGCAAUAAUAGUUCGCCACUUUCCGUGCCUUCAGCAUCUUGUUCUGAAAUCAUGCAAGCUCUUGGAGGAGAUCCCUUUUGGUGUCGAGGAACUUGGUACCCUGCAGCGGCUUGAGGCCCACUAUUGUAGUGAACCUAUUGAGAAUUCUGCUAAAGAAAUUCAAGAACAGAUUGAAGGCAUUGAUGUUAUUAUCAGAAGUGAUCGGAAUCCAGACUCUGCAUAAGGAGUGCUUUCACUUCUCUCUCUUAAUAUCCAAUGUUUACAACUUCUUUGUUUCCAACUUUCUUUCCAAAUAACCAUUUGUAAGACUUCUCUCCCAUUUGGCAAAUGCGCUGUGACUGCCAAAUGUGUAUUCAUGGUUUUAGUCUUCAGUUAGGAUUUGACAAGUUGGUCCUCCUAUUCUACGUUUUCUUGAUGCCUGUUUCAGUAGUACUAUGUUGAUGUCCUGCUUGAUUAUCUAUUAUGGUUCAGAUGAGUUUCAUGACUGUUAACAUGGAUGUCUUGAAUUCCUCUCACAAGAAGCUUUGCAAUAAUAAUCUUUGUGUAUGUUCCUAGUUA